AAGAGGCCUGGCCUUUGUUUCCUUUAUGUUAAAAGUCCAGAUACUGAUAAUAAAUAAUAAAAGGUAAAAACUAUAAUCAACACUAAGCUAUUCCUCUCUCUUUUUGGUUUGGACCAAUUAAUUAGAUUAAGGCUACCUAUUACUAUAUUUUCAUUCGUCCCUUCCACUGCUGUGGUUAGCAACGAUAUAUGAAAGUUCGAGCAACGAUGCCUGCAAUCUCUCCCGCGUACUAUGCGCCUAACUACAAUAACUUGCUGCACCAUUCACCACUUUAUAAUGAAAUUAAUGCGCUCUCUCAAAUAUCAAACAUUUUUGUCAAGAGUCUCUGCAUAUGGCUCCUGCAAGUUAUAGGCCUCUUAAGCCUUAUUGUUCUGUGCCUAUGGCUGGCCUUACGACCCAAGAGCCCCUCCUACUCCAUUGUGUUCAUCUCCAUAGGACAGCCCUCGAACUCAAAUGAAAACAACACCAUCUUUUACAACCUUGAUAUUGAAAACCCAAACAAGGACUCGAGCAUUUACUAUGACGACACAAUAUUAAGUUUCUUAUAUGGGGAGCAAGAGGAUGAUGUGGGGGAGACAACUAUAGGCUCAUUCCACCAAGGAACUGGCAACACCCGGGAUGUAUCCGAUACAGUUAAUGCCAAACCUCGACCAUUCAAACCUCUCUUAAAUGCCAUCUCAAAUGCAACCAGAGUUAAAAGUUGCUUUGAUCACAAGAUAUCAAUACAAGACAUGGGGAAUUAAGAGCAAGUUCCAUGGGUUACACCUCAAAGG